AUGUGGUCUAACACAAGUGUGAUGUCAACAGAGAGACAUAAUGGGGCACAGGCCUUCCUUCUGAGCCAGGAACUCACCCUUGCCAUCUACGUAGCCUUUCGCCAAGCACUAAUCCCCUGUGUCAGCAUUGUUGGUAUAGUCGGGAAUGUGGCCAGCAUUGUCAUACUGACUCGACGGGGAUUUAGGAAAUGUUCCAAUAUACUUCUCCUGGCUUUAUCUAUCUCUGAUGUUUUAUUUCUCACGGGCCUUAAUAACAUAUUUAUGUUCAUUUACGAUCAAGGUAACCCAAGCGUAUUUAUGAUAUCUUACAAUAUCAAUUAUUUGUUUUAUAUAUUAUAUAUGGUGUUGUUAUGUUUCCGCCAUAUGGGACUCCAGACCGUAAUGAUCCUACCAUCUUUGAUUACGGCUGAAAGGGUCUUAGCAAUCUUUAUCCCUCUCAAGGUAUAUAUAAUAUUGACCCGACGGCGCUCACUAAUCGUAGUUUUAUGUCUUUAUAUUGUAAACGGAAUUCAUUUUCUGUACGUGUAUAUUUUAUGCAUACAGUUCAAACAGUUUGCUGUCAAAGGUGGUUCUUACAUUGGCGUGUUUCUGACAACGGAGAUAUAUCUACAGGACAUUAGAAGCGGCCUGUAUCAGCUCAUACACAAUAUUACUAAUUACAUGACAGGAAUAAUUCAAAUUUGCCUGGUGACCGUUGGGUGUGUAGUUAUUGGACUUCGAGUCAUAGUGAUAACCAACAGACGUAAGCAAUUAGUAUCCAAUCAAGUAAAAUUGCCAGCUAAAACAUUAAUAUCAAAAACAACAAAAACCCUCCUCAGUAUUUGUAUCCUGUUUAUUUUGUGUAGCGGAUCUACAUUUGUCGUUGCCUUUAUCGCAAAUACACCACCGAUAGAUAAGGAUUUUGCAAUGCAGAAAGUGCUCGUGUGUGUUCAGGACUUGAUCAUUUGUGUUAAUUGUGUCGGGGACUUUGUAAUAUACAUCGGUGGUAGAAAGAGCUCCAGAAAAACUGUUACAAGCUGGUGUCGAAUUUCAAACCAUAAAGGAUGA